AUGGAGAUUAGAACAAGACAAGGGCUACUCAAUGCAAUGGCUGGAAAAGUGGGGAAAAGAAUGGAUGCUCUUUUGAUUCCUCUCGAGUUAUUAUCCUGUGUUUCUCGAACUGAAUUUUCUGACAAAAAAGCUUACAUAAGAUGGCAAAAGAGACAAUUGAAUAUGUUGGAGGAAGGACUUGUGAAUCACCCAGUUGUGGGAUUUGGAGAAUCUGGUCGCAAAGCAAGUGAAAUGAGGAUUCUAUUGGCAAGAAUUGAAGAAUCUGAGUCAUUUGCACCUUCUGUGGGUGAACUUCAACGCAUAGAAUGUUUGAGAUCUCUAAGGGAGAUUGCCAUUGCACUUGCAGAGAGGCCAGCUCGUGGUGACUUAACUGGUGAAGUAUGUCAUUGGGCAGAUGGGUAUCAUUUGAAUGUCAGAUUAUAUGAGAAACUUCUUUCCAGCAUUUUUGAUGUUCUAGAUGAGGGGAAACUAACUGAGGAAGUGGAAGAAAUACUUGAACUUCUAAAGUCAACGUGGCGUAUCUUGGGAAUAACAGAGACUAUUCAUCACACUUGUUAUGCAUGGGUGCUAUUCCGCCAGUUUGUGAAAGCAAAAUUGCUGAGAACAACUUGGUUGGGAAUAUUUUACAUGUGCAUACCUACAUGA